AGAGAGAGAGAGAGAGAGAGAGAGAGAGAGGACCCAGAAAAAACUUGGAACCCAUUUUGAAGUUCCGCUCUUCUCUCUACCAUCCACAAUUCAUUCCCUCUGUCCAUGCAAAACUCAUUUCUGUCUUCUGACUUAAGAUAGUUUUUGAAAGAAUCUUGAAAGAAUAUGGAGGAAGCUUCUUGUUCACCGGUUUUAGAUGGGGAGCUGAUUGGGAUUAAAUUUGGGUUGGCAACCCAUAAAGAAAUUUGUACAGCAUCGAUGAUGGGAUGCUCUGUUAGCCACGCCAGUCAGCUAUCUAACCCAUUCCUUGGCCUUCCUCUUGAGUUCGGAAAAUGUGAAUCUUGUGGUGCUUCAGAAACGGGAAAGUGCGAAGGACACUUUGGAUAUAUCGACUUACCAUCACCAAUAUAUCAUCCUAACCAUGUCAGUGAGCUGAAGAAGUUGCUGAGUUGUUUAUGCCUACAAUGCUUAAAAAUUAAGAAGAACAAGGUCUCAACCAAGAGUGCUGGUCUGGCCGAAAGGUUGCUAUCUGUAUGUUGUGAGGAUGCAUCACAAGUUUCUAUUGCAGAGAUUAAACCAACAGAUGAGGUUUGUUCCUUGCAACUGAAACUACCAACUAAUAAGAAACCACCGCCUGGUUUUUGGAAUUUCCUUGAAAGAUAUGGUUUUCGUUACGGUGAUGGCGUUAAACGUGCUUUACUUCCUAGAGAGGUGAUGCAGAUUCUCAAGAGAAUCCCCGAAGACACCAAGAGAAAACUGGCUGCUAAAGGCUUUAAUCCUCAAGAUGGAUACAUCUUGAAUCAUAUACCUGUCCCUCCGAACUGCUUGUCAGUGCCUGAAAUAUCUGAUGGUGUUACUGUUAUGUCUGCGGAUCCUUCAAUAUCAAUGCUAAAAAAAGUUCUAAAAGAAGCUGAAGAUAUCAGUAGGUCAAGGUCUGGUCCAGCAAAUUUUGUCACUGAAAUUGAGGAAGCUAAUAGGCUGCAAGCAGCAGUUGAUCAGUAUCUUCAAGUGAGGGGUACAGGAAAGGCCACACGUGAGAGUGAUGUCAGAUUUGGUGGGACCAAGGAGCUCAGUGAAUCUUCGACAAAACAAUGGCUUGAAAAGAUGAGGACAUUGUUUAUAAGAAAGGGUUCAGGAUUCUCUUCCCGCACGGUGAUUACGGGGGAUGCAUAUAGAAGGGUGAAUGAAGUUGGGAUCCCCUAUGAAAUAGCCCAGAGAAUAACUUUUGAGGAGAAGGUUAAUGUGCAUAAUAUUAGGCGUCUUCAAGAGCUGGUAGAUAAGAAAUUAUGCCUAACGUACGUCGAUGGUUCAUCAACUUACUCGUUAAGAGAAGGUUCAAAGGGGCACACAUUUCUGAGGCCCGGUCAAGUGGUGCAUAGGAGGAUAAUUGAUGGGGAUCUUGUUUUUGUCAAUAGGCCUCCCACGACACAUAAACAUUCUCUGCAAGCAUUGCAAGUUUAUGUGCAUGAGGACAAGGUGGUAAAGAUUAAUCCUCUGAUUUGUGGACCACUGAGUGCUGACUUUGAUGGAGAUUGCAUUCACUUGUUCUAUCCCCAGUCUUUUGCAGCGAAGGCAGAAGUGAUGGAACUUUUCUCAGUAGAGAAACAAUUGCUUAGCUCUCACAGUGGCAAGCCCAAUUUGCAACUGGCCACUGACUCUCUUUUGUCGUUAAAGAUGAUGUUUAAGAAAUAUUUUUUCAACAAAGAAGCAAUGCAGCAGUUGGCCAUGUUUGUUUCGUCCUCCUUGCCAGAGCCAGCUUUAUUGAGAGCUAAUUCGGCAGUUCCGUGUUGGACUGCUUUGCAGAUAUUGCAGGCUGCACUGCCUCCUCACUUUGAGUCCUCUGGGGACAGGCACUUGGUCAAGGAUAGCGAGGUCCUCAAGCUUGAUUGUACUACAAGCCUUGUACCAGCUGUUAUCAAUGACAUUGGUACCUCUAUCUUCUUCGAGAAAAGUGCUGAAGAUGUUCUCAAUUUCUUUAAUUCUAUGCAGCCAUUGCUAGUGGAGAAUAUAUUUUCAGAAGGGUUCAGUGUGGGUUUGGAAGAUUUUGCUAUGCCUAAGGUAUCUAUACGAGACAUUCACAAGGGCUUUAAGGAUAUUUCUCCUUUGUUGUACCAUAUGAGGAGAGUAUACAACGAGCUUGUUGAGAUGCAAUUGGAGAAUCUCAUCCGAAAAGUUAAAGGACCAGUUUCGAACUUUAUAUUAAAUUCAUCGGCAUUGGGUGAUUUAAUUGACUCUAAGAGUGAUUCUGCUAUGAACAAAGUGGUUCAACAAGUUGGGUUCCUAGGCCGGCAACUGUAUGAACAGGGGAAACUUUACUCAAAAACAUUGGUUGAGGAUGUGAGCUCACUGCAUAAGAGCAAGUAUCCAUCUAACAUUGUGGACUCUGCAGAAUUUGGAUUGGUUCAUAGUGGUUUUGUUCAUGGGUUGGAUCCGGUUGAGGGAAUGAUUCAUUCCAUUGCUACAAGAGAAGUAAUUGUUCGCUCCUCAAAAGGGUUGUUUGAACCCGGCACACUAUUCAAAAACCUAAUGGCAACUCUGCGGGAUGUUGUCAUUUGCUACGAUGGCACCGUGCGGAAUGUGUGCAGUAAUUCUAUUGUUCAGUUUGAAUAUGGAGCAAAGAGCGGAUCUAGUCCUCAAAAUCUGUUUCCUGCUGGUGAACCUGUGGGUGUGUUAGCUGCAACAGCAAUGUCAAAUCCAGCAUACAAGGCAGUUCUUGAUUCUACUCCAAGCAGCAACUCUUCAUGGGAUCUUAUGAAGGAAAUAUUACUCUGCAAAGUCAGUUUCAAGAAUGAACUCAUUGACCGUCGUGUAAUCUUGUAUCUGAAUGACUGUGGUUGUGGAAGAAAGUACUGCAGAGAACAUGCGGCGUAUUUGGUCAAGAAUCAAUUGAAAAAAGUCAGCCUUAAAGAUGUUGCACUCGACUUUAUGAUUGAAUAUCAAGGUCAGCGAGCUGCAGGAAGCAUGGAAAUUGACUCUGGCCUUGUUGGUCAUGUUCAUUUGAAUGAGAUGCUCAUACGGGAGCUAAAUCUUGGAAUGAAUGAAAUCCUUCAAAAAUGCGAAGAAAGUAUCAGUUCAUUUCGAAGAAAGAAGGUUGGGAAGAAGACGAACAUCGGCGACAUUUUCAAAAGAAUAGUUUUGUCGUACAGUGAGUGUUGCUGUUUUUAUCAAUCUUCUGCUGGCAAUGGAUCUGGAUCUCCUUGCUUGAUGUUCUUCUACCAAGAUUUCAAUAAUUCAGAGUUAGAGGCUAUUUCACAAAUCUUGGCUGAUUUUGUUUGCCCAGUUCUAUUAGAAACAGUAAUUAAAGGUGAUCCUCGAGUUUCAUCAGCGAACAUAAUUUGGAUCAAUUCAGAAUCAACAACAUGGAUCAGAAGCCCAAACAAAUCUCUGAAGGGUGAAUUGGCUUUGGAUGUUGUUCUGGAGAAGUCGGUGGUCAAACAAAGUGGCGAUGCGUGGAGAAUAACCCUUGAUUGCUGUCUUCCAGUGCUUCAUUUGAUUGACACCAGGCGCUCCAUUCCAUAUGCCAUCAAACAAGUUCAGAAAUUGCUGGGGGUUUCUUGUGCUUUUGAUCAAGCAGUUCAGCGCCUCGCAACAGCUGUUGCAAUGGUGGCAAAAGGUGUUCUCAAAGAGCAUCUUAUUCUCUUGGCAAACAGUAUGACAUGCGCUGGAAAUUUUGUUGGCUUCAAUCCCGGUGGUUAUAAAGCACUAUCUCGCGCAUUGAAUAUACAAGUACCAUUUACAGAAGCAACAUUGUUUACACCAAAGAAAUGUUUUGAGAGAGCAGCUGAAAAGUGUCACAUGGAUUCUUUGUCGAGCAUAGUUGCAUCAUGUUCGUGGGGUAAACAUGUAGCUGUUGGUACUGGCUCCAGGUUCGAAAUCCUCUGGGACACAAGAGAGGGAGGGUUUAAUGAAGAGGGUGGGGUAGAUGUUUUCAACUUUCUACAUAUGGUGAAUGCUGUGAAUGGAGAAGAAUUAACUACUGCAGCUUUGGGAACAGAAAUUGAUGAUCUUGUGCCAGAAUAUGAAAAUGGAGAAGUGUCAUUGUCACCAGAGCAUAACUGUAGCUCUGAUAAGCCAGUGUUUGAAGAUAUUAUUGAGUUCCCGGAUAAUUUUGAAAAUGCUUUUGGAAAAUCAAGCUGGGAUUCAAUCAACACCGCUUCUACUGGUGGGAAAGACUGGGGGGCUGUCAACCUUGGAACACAAGAUGGCAUUUCAGCAGAAUCCCAAGUUGAUACCAUGUCUUCAUGGGGGAUUAAGACUGCUAGAGAGGAGGCUCCAUCUUCCUGGGGAACAGCCAAAUCGGCAACAGAAGAUGCCUCUGCAUGGGGGACCAAGACUAAAGAAAAUGCCCCAUCACAGUUGAAGACCAAGACUGCUUGGGGGAAAAAUACUGCAAGAGAAGAUGAUACUGAGAUUGCUGAAGGUGCAUGGGGUCAGAAGAAGCUUGCUGAUAACUCAUCUCUGGGAGCUUGGGGAAGGCAAAAGUCCCCUGAGAUUGCUGAAUGUGCUUGGGGUCUGAAGAAGCCUGCUGAUACCUCAUCUCUCGGAGCUUGGGGAAGGCAAAAGUCCCCUGAGAUUGCUGAAGGUUCCUGGGGUCAGAAGCCUGCUGAUACAUCAUCAAGGCCAAAGUCACCUGAGAUUGCUGAAGGUGCUUGGGAUCAGCGAAAGCCUUCUGGAACUUCAUCUCUGGGAGCUUGGGGAAGGAAAAAGUCUCCUGAGAUUUCUGAAGGUGCUUGGGGUCAGAAGCCUGCUGAUACAUCAUCAAGGCAAAAGUCACGUGAGAUUGCUGAAGGUGCUUGGGAUCAGCGAAAGCCUUCUGGAACUUCAUCUCUGGGAGCUUGGGGAAUGAAAAAGUCUCCUGAGAUUUCUGAAGGUGCUUGCGGUCAGAAGAAGCCUGUUGAUACCUCAUCUCUCGGAGCUUGGGGAAGGCAAAAGUCCCCUGAGAUUGCUGAAGGUGCCUGGGGUCAGAAGCCUGCUGAUACAUCAUCAAGGCAAAAGUCACCAGAGAUUGCUGAAGGUGCUUGGGAUCAGCAAAAACCUUCUGGAACUUCAUCUCUGGAAACUUGGGGAAGGCAAAAGUCUCCUGAGAUUUCUGAAGGUGCUUGGGGUCAGAAGAAGCCUGCUGGUACCUCAUCUCUCGGAGCUUGGUGGGGAAGGCAAAAGUCCCCUGAGAUUGUUGAGGGUGCUUGGUGUCAGAAGAAGCCUGCUGAAACCUCAUGGCAAAAGUCACCUGAGAUCGCUGAAGGUGCUUGGGGUCAGCAAAAGCCUGCUGGUACUUUUCAACCUGCAACUGUGAAUCAGUGGGAUUCUCCAAGUGUAGGAGAUGGAAAUGCGGAUGAAAGACAUCAAGUAUGGGCUACUAAUGGAGAUGCAAACAAGAGAAGACGCUUUGAAGGUGGCAGGGGCUGGGGUUCAAAUGCUGGGGAGUGGAAGGGUAAGAACAAUCGCCCUCCUGGAAUGGCGGAUGAUGGCUCCAGUGCGGCUGCAAUAUACACCACAACGCGCCAGAGAUUAGAUACCUUCACUUCUGAGGAGCAGGAUGUUCUUUCCCAUAUUGAGCCGAUUAUGCUCUCUGUUCGAAGAAUAAUGCAUCAAUCCGGGUAUAAUGAUGGAGAUCGAUUUUCAGAUGAGGAUCAUACAUACAUCCUUGAUAAAGUAUUCAAUUUCCACCCUGAUAAAGCUGUGAAGAUGGGCUCUGGGAUCGACUAUUUUACGGUUGAUAGACAUGGAAGCUAUCAAGAAAGCCGAUGCCUUUUUGUUAUAUCAACUGAUGGCCGCAAGGAGGACUUUUCCUACAGGAAAUGCCUGCAAAAUAUGGUAAAGGAAAAGUAUCCUGAACUUGCUGAAGAAUUCAAUGCCCAGUAUUUCGUCAAGCCCCGAUCCCGGAAUCCCAGUUUCAGUCAGACCCCUCCGGAGACACAGUAGGCAUGCCUUGAAGGCUUUCCCUGAUGUAAUUAGUUUAAAACAAUGAUCACCCUUAUUUACUUGUAUA